AUGGCGGCCAAGUCGUUCUUCGACCUCGGGAGCAACAACAUGGACGGACAGCGCGUGCCGAUGGCCACCUUUCGCGGGCGCGUGUGCCUCGUCGUGAACCUCGACGACAAGCUCCGGGAGCGCGGUCUGCAGAUCCUCGCGUACCCGUGCAACCAAUUUGGCGGCCAAGAGCCUGGCACGAACGCCGAGAUCAUGGCCUUCGUCGCCAAGUUCGGCGUGCGCUUCCCGCUCUUUGAAAAGGCGGACGUCAACGGCGAGCACACGCAAGAGGUCUACGCCUUCCUGAAGGACCGCCUCCCGGGCGACAUUACGUGGAACUUUGCCAAGUUUCUCGUCGACCGACACGGGCAGCCCGUGAAGCGCUACGAUCCCAACGUCGCGCCGUUCGACCUCGAGGCCGACAUUGAGGCCCUCCUGGCUUAA